AUGGCUACCUACCCCUGCCAGUUAUGUGGCAAGACCUUCCUCACCCUGGAGAAGUUCACUAUCCACAGUUAUUCCCACUCCAGGGAGCGACCUUACAAGUGCUUGCAGCCAGACUGUGGCAAAGCCUUCAUUUCCAGAUAUAAAUUGAUGAGGCAUAUGGCUACACAUUCACCCCAUAAAUCUCACCAGUGUGCUUAUUGUGAGAAGACUUUCAACCGGAAGGACCACCUGAAGAACCACCUCCAGACGCACGACCCCAACAAAAUGGCCUUUGGGUGCGAGGAGUGUGGGAAGAAGUACCACACGAUGCUGGGCUACAAGAGGCACCUGGCCCUCCACGCGGCCAGCAGUGGCGACCUCACCUGCGGGGUCUGUGCCCUGGAGCUGGCGAGCACCGAGGUGCUGCUCGACCACCUCAAAGCCCAUGCCGAAGAGAAGCCCUCGACGGGCACCAAGGAGAAGAAGCACCAGUGCGACCACUGCGAGCGGUGCUUCUACACCCGCAAGGAUGUGCGGCGCCACCUGGUGGUCCACACGGGCUGCAAGGACUUCCUGUGCCAGUUCUGCGCCCAGAGAUUCGGGCGCAAAGACCACCUCACGCGCCACACCAAGAAGACCCACCCGCAGGAGCUGCUGAAGGAGAGCCUGCAGUCCGCAGAGCUUCUGAAUACUCUGCACUCUCUCUCUCCCCAGUUCCAACUGAAGGCUGCCCCACUGUCUCCUUUUCCGAUAGGGGCCCCUGCACAGAAUGGGCUUGCUGGCGGCCUGCCAGCUGAGGUACACACCCUCAAUGCCUUGGAGCAGCCCGCCCAGCCUAUACCGGUGCUGUCAGAGCUCCUGGCCCCGCUCCACCCCAUGGCCACCCCCAGCUCCCCCCCUGCACCCCUCCAGAACCCCAAGUACAACACCGGUUCUACCUCGUACCCCCCACUUGCAGGCCUGCCCAUCAAAACAGAAAAUAAAGGAUUUUGCAGUGCCAAUUUGCUGGAGGAUUUGCCUCUGCAAGAGCCUCAGUCACCUCACAGGCUCAAUGCAGGUUUUGACCUGGCUAAGGGAGGUGCAGGUAAAGUAAACCUGCCCAAAGAGAUAGCCGCAGAUGCUGUGAACCUGUUGCCUGCCUCUCUCGACCUCUCCCCUCUGUUGGGCUUCUGGCAGCUGCCUCCGCCUGCUACCCAGAAUGCCUUUGGGAGUAGUGGUCUUGCCCUGGGGGCUGGGGAACCUCUGCCGCAUAGGCUGAGCUGUCUGGGGCAGCAGCCCCAAGACCCCUCACUUGCCAUGAGCACUAUGAGCCUGGGCCAGCUCCCCCUCCCUCACAUCCCCCAUGUUUUCCCAGCUGGCACUGGUUCGGCUAUCCUGCCUCAUUUCCACCAUGCAUUCAGAUGA